AGCAGCAGCAGCAACAUUUGCGCGGCGGUAGUGGCCGGACAAAGCCUCGAGUACUGCAGUGGGAAGGACCGAAGCCUCUCCUUCCCAUACCACAUAAAAAUUAUGCCAUCUUCAUGUUGGAGAUAAUGGAGAAAUACGGCGAUGCUGUGGCUGUGGUUGAUGCGGAGACCUACAAGCGACGGACAUACCGUGAACUGUGCGGGUUGGUGCCGCGAGUGUCAGCAGGACUGGCUGCUGCUGGUGUUACUAUGGGUGACAUUGUUCUCUUCCUCACACCAACACACAUGGACUAUCCCUUGGUGUUUCUGUCUAUCGUGCACCGCGGCGCUGUCUGCGUCCCUAUCAACCCCACCCUCACCCUCGAGGAGCUGGUACACGUACUGAAGGUGAGCCAGGCUCGCUGGGCAGUGGUUCAUGAAGCCUCAGUGACCAUGGCAGAGGAAGCCUUCUCUUGUCUUCCGUCUCACACACUCAAGCAGAUGUGGGUCUUGGGCGACACAAGUCUUGAAAGACCCAACCUGGAGGACCUCAUGACCUACACUCCAUCGUCACCCAUCACCCAGGCUGAUGGGCUGGAUGUGAGAGGGACAGUGUGUGUGAUGCCGUUCUCCUCCGGCACCACAGGUCUGCCCAAGGGCGUCAUGCUUUCUCAUCGCAACUUAAUGACACCUCAUAUUCGUACUAUGUACGAGGUCAGCCUCAAUCCACAAGGGUCAGUGAAAUCUGGCAUUAUUUUUAAGACGUUACUGAUGAUCCUGCCUGUGUGUCACAUCUAUGGUCACUUAAUGGUCCAUAUAUGUUUUCAUUAUGGUGGCACCACUAUCUUCCUUCCAAAGUUCGGAGCAAGGAAAUAUCUUGAGACUAUUCAGAAAUUCAAGGUGACUUGCUGCCCUCUUGUUCCCCACCUUGCCAGGUACCUAUUGGAAACUCCAUUGUUGAAGCAGUACGACACCUCCUCUGUCUUGCUCUUCUUCUCUGGGGCUGCCCCACUGCCAGCCUCUACAACUACAUCCUUCAAGAAUAAGCUGAGUCGUCCUCUGGCAGAGGGUUAUGGAAUGACCGAGACUACUGCCGCCAUCUCUUCUAACAGGUCCUCCACCAUCUAUCAUGUUAACUCUGUUGGUCAAGUGGUACCCUAUGUACAAGUCAAGAUUGUGGAUGUGGAGAGCGGGGAGAUGUUAGGCGAGCAUCAGGAAGGUGAGAUAUGUGUGAAGGGACCCAACGUGAUGUUGGGCUACGCUAACGACCCCGUGGCUACAGCCGCUACCAUAGACCCUCAGGGCUGGCUUCACACAGGUGACAUCGGCUACUACAACCAAGAUAACUUUAUCUUCCUCACAGACAGGAUGAAAGACCUUAUCAAGGUUAAAGGCUUCCAGGUAUCUCCCACUGAGCUGGAGAACGUCAUCAUGAAGUGUGAGGACGUAGCUGACGUGGCAGUUGUGGGUGUACCUCAUGAGAGGAUGGGUGAAGCACCGCUAGCGUUUGUAGUGCCCAAACCUGGUUCCAAGCUACAACCACACCAGCUGAUGCAGUUUGUUGCUGAUCGUGUGUCCCAGUACAAGCAGCUAGCAGGCGGGGUGAAGAUGGUUGAGUCUAUACCCAGGAACUCUUCAGGAAAGUUACUGAGGAAGCAACUUAAGAACUUACUGAUCCCGGCUGCUAAACUGUAAGAUUUUUGAAGACACUAACAGAUGGUGGAGGGCCAUGAUCAUUCCUGAAGAAGAUGUUAAAUAAAUGAAAGUAUAUCUCCAGCAUCCGUCACUGAACUAUUAUACUAAGAUAUUAUGUAGGUGUAGUUAUAUGCGGAGGUAAUGUGGCAUUAAUAGUAGCAACCCUCAAGAAAGAGCAUACACACGUAAGUUAUUAUGCUAUUCAUGAGGCAGCUCUAAACCCGAAGGGUAAUUUAAUGACUAGGGAAAGGAAGGUAAUUAGGUUUGAUCCAAAGUGAGAGAAGAGAGAGCACUUCAAUAGCAUCAAGACCUCUUUCUCUUUCUCUCUUAGAGACACUACGUAGGAGAUUCCAGUACUGAAUAGCAGUACGUAGGUGACCAUGUUCACGUGUCAUCAUUACAAUCUCAUGUUACAACUCAUUCAACUUUCAUUACUGUUUGAAGUUUUCAUCAAUUAUUCUGUUGUAUCACAACACUGAAUGACAAGUUUAUUAAUUUUGUGAGCGUAAUAAUUCUUCCGUAACAUUUACAUUUCACUGAUGUUGAUAAAAUGGAGAAAAUGUGACCAUAAAAUUAUACUUUAGGCCGUUAAAGAAUUUCAUCAUAUUUUAGCAUCGGUUCUCUGAACCAUUCAUCUAUAUUUUAGCAUUAUAACUAAAUGAUUAUCAUUGUUCAAUUAAUUUGAGUAACCAAACUUUCUACAACUGUUGGUACGUUGUCAGAUUUGAUCCUAAGAUGGGAAGAUCAGCUUUAGUAGACUGAAUUAUGUCAUUCACUUGUAUUAAGGAACCAUUCUUGAAGGACUCGUUAAUGUAAGAUUCAUGGCCAAACAUCCUCAGUUCUACUGAACAUCAGAAUAUAAGAUAAACUGUUAAUGGUAUGACACGAACUAGGCAGGGACGACACAUUGAACAGGCACGACAAACUAGGCACGGUCGAUAAACUGGACAAGUAAGACACACUGAGGAAGGACGACAGGAACGACACACUGGGCAGGAGAGAAUACGUGAUCUGGAUGCCCAUGACUCCCUAUAUAUCCUCACAAGGUGUCUAACUCUGCCAAGAAUCACUUACUUUUUGAGGUGUGACCCUCUUAACACUCAGUGAAUAUGACGCACUCCUGAGAUCUAUCUUUACGAUGACACUAACAAAAUCUGUUAUUGGAAGAUUACCAAUGGAAACGUGUAACUCUUCCAGUACGGCUGCUGGGAGGCACAGGAAUGCUCAGAGCAACGCGGGUAGCAUUACCUGUGUCAAGAAAUACCCCUGCAAAUUAGGGAUUAAGGUAUUUUAGAUUCCGAGAGACUGCAACAAGUGGCCGCCAACACUGCCAUCUAGUGGGCAGUUGUAAAUAUGCGGAUUUCUACGGGUCUGAGGUUUUAGUUUCUAAUCUCAGUAAUAUUAUCCUUACUCGGUUAUGUUUGGAGUUGGGGUAAUCACUAACCUUCACUCUUCUGAGCAGGUAAGGUGAUCUACCAGGUUUUGGGGUUUAACCUGGUUACCGGUAAUGACAUGGAAGUAGUUACCAGUCUUAUCAUUCUAUAAUGGUAUACUUUGUUAACUGUCACGUAACUAGUGUUUUAUUAUUAUUAUUAUUAUUAUUAUUAUUAUUAUUAGCAGUCUCUUGCUGCCGGCGGGGUCACCCUGCAGCAGACUCUGACAAAUUGGGAGCUAGAUCCACAGCUACAGGACUUAAAGUGGGAAAUAGGCGAUUACACGUCUCUCCCUCACAUCUAAAGUGUGCAACCACCAAUCAAGGUAGGAGAUUCUCUAACUAUAGAAGAUCAUGAAUACCUCAGUUGACUCAAGAAUUAAAAACAUCUAAAUACCUGGACGAAGACAUCUAUGCUGGAAUGUAUUCUCUUUCCUUAUUACAAGCUUUAAGUUUGAUUCCUAAAUAAUAUGUGUAAAAAAAUAACUUUUUUUUAUAAAUAAUGAAAAAAAAAAACUUUUACUGACAGGAGAAUAACUUUUGAGAAAAUCACCAAAAUAAAAUUUAUAACCACGAAACAUCAGUAUUGGUUCUCCAACAAUGUUGGCAUGUGUAUCUGGAGGGAAUAUGAAGUACAAACUUGACCAAGGAUUUAAGCAGAAAGCAGUCCACCAGCCGUGAAAGUCAGAGCAAAGCACAGCUGCAUCAUACUCCCUUUUAAAUUCAAGUGAUAACUGGAAAUCUUAAUAUGAUGCCUUCACCGAUAAGAGAUGAACUUUGUCCCUUUCCCUAGGCAUUCUUGACCAUUGUGUUCCUUCGAGGGAGUUUUUGAUGCUGGUGAGGGGCUGUUGAUUUAGAAAAUUGGAUCUGUGCUCUAGUUCCCUGAAUUGAGCCUGAAUGCCUUCCAUCCCCUGUCCACUGGCGCUCUCCGUAAUAAUAAUAAUACUGAGGAUUGAGUGGGCGUUUUUCUCCAUAAUCGAAUUUGUCCCAGUGUGAUCUCUGGGAAGAGUUGGUCUGCUUGAAGAGUCUGCAAGGCUCUCCCAGUGCAUGGCUGCUUCGAUGAACUUCGGGAAGUUUGCUCCUAAAGUACCUCUCAAGCAUCGGGGACAAUCUGCUUAAUUAGUUCACUGAAGUCAUUCACGAGGACAGUAAUGCAGGUAAUGCUACCUGCGUUGCCUUGAGCACCCAUAUACAUCCCAGUCGCACAGGAUGAGUUGUUUGAUCCCAUUGGUGAUCUUCCGGUGACAAAUUCAUUGCCUUUCUAAAGAUAAAUCUCAUGAAUGCCUCAUUUUCACUGAGUGUUAAGUUAUCGAAGAAGGAUGCACCCCUGAAGGAGUUAUUCUAAGCAGAGUUAGAUACCUUGUGAAAAGAUACAGGGCGUCAUGGGCAUCCGGAUCACUUAUUCUCUCCUCCAUCCUCUUCAAGUCAUUCAAUUUGUCCUUGAGGACUUUGUUGAUGGCCUGAUGACCCAGCAUUGCUCUAAAUAGGAUGUUCUUGGACAGAGUGGUAGUUGAGGCUUUAAGAAGGAUUGUUCGCACAACCGUAAUUAUUUCCAGAGAAGACACUGCCGAGAAGAGAUACAUAGUCCUCCCCACCAACUCCAUUGCCAAACAUGUUUCCAACAUCUUUUCCAAUACAUCAUUCCAAGUAUCUACCUCCACAACCACGACCAUCAAGGACAUCACCAGUAGUUGACAGGACAAGCUUCCAUCCUCAGCAGGGGUAUACAUAAUCCCUUGUAAUGACUGCAACAAAUUAUAUGUGGGCGAAACAUCAAGAGACCUCCAAACACGUAUUUCAGAACACCAAUAUGCAAGCAGGACUGACGAUACAAGGAAUGCCUGUGUACAACAUCGCAAUUCACACAACCAUUUAAUUAACUACAGAAACUCAAGACUUAUCGCCACAGAAGACAACACUCAAUACCGAAGAAUCCUGGAAUCAUCGCUUAUCUCUAUAACCAACAAUUUCAACCAGAACAACGGCUUCUAUAACAUAGCUGAACCACUCGCCAAGAAACUUCUUCAUCGCUAUCCCACAUAAGAACAUAGAACACUGCAGAAGGUCUACUCACAACUUGUCCAAUACCCCUGCCAAGCUACCCAAGACUCUAUAAUCCCACCCGGCAUUCUCCACCUGACCUCAACAUUCUGAACAUGACUAUAAAUACUCCCGUACCUUCCAACCCCAGGUAGAUCUGUGUGUGACUUGAAAAAACCCACUGUGUGGGUGAAAUGUUGUCAAUAAAGGAUCACAUUAAACUGCAUA